AUGGCGAUUUCUGCGCCCAUAGUACCUUCAGCGCUAUCUUCCCAGCCACUACACGUCUCUCUCCCGCUCGCCGACCUCCUUCCUCCAACUCCCCCACCGCCAUCAUUGACCUCCGAGUUCGGCGGUUCUCCCGACGUUUUCGACGAACUUGACGCGGCUGCUGGAUGCUGGGACGUUGAGAACGGACCUGAGGAUGAAGGAGGAGCUGUACGGACGGAGGAGGCGGAGAAGGAGGACGUCCGAGAUGAGGAGGUCAGAGGGCCAGGACAGUCUACGGCGCCGCUGAGUCCGCUCUUCGCCAGCGCGCUUGCGGACAGACACCACGUACUCUAUCCUCAUGGCGCGGGCGACCUGUCAGCGGCGAUGGGCGAGGAGGACUGGCGGAACGAGCAGGACGAGUCGGGUCUUCCGCCCUGGAUGAAGGAGACGAGCGGUCGAGUUACGGCCAUGGUGACGGGAACAAUCAAGAUGCGGACUGCGAGGCGGAGAAGCAGUUCGGGAAAGGCGGAAGACUGGACGACGAGGUCAGCCAGCUCCAUGCGAGUUGCUGUGGGAUGUGAGGAUGGGACGGUUUGGGUCUUUGCGCCGCCGACGGGCUCGCCAGAACACCAGAACGAUGCCGCUCAGUCGAACGCGCCGAAGAGUCCGCCUCCUCCAGACGGCAGGAUAAUUUCGCGCGAAGCCUUCCUCUCGCCAGACAACGCCACGACGCACAGUUUCGAAUCUCCAUCACCACCUCCUCUCUCAGCAUCGAACAAAUCCCCGCGGCCUAUCUCCUCGCCGCGCCUCAGCUCUCGGCUUUCCAGCAGCUCGCUCGCGUCCCUCGCCACCAACGCAACAGCGCGCACCAAGCGCAUCUCCUCCCUUACCUCCGCCAGUCCAGUACCUGGUACAACCCCAGACCGACUGACGAGCUUUGAGCUCGUUCGCACGCAUUCGCGUCCGAGAAAAGCGAGCGCAACGGUAUCUCUGUCAACUUCCGCCGCGACACCCGCUACCGCCUCUCACACCCAUUCCUCCGCCGCUUCCGUCUCUUCAACGAGUCUGAACGAUCUCGACAUGCCCGCGUCGCCUUCUCCACCUCUAUCGCCGACCCCGCUCUCCCCGACAACCUCCUCCAUCCCUCACUUCGUCUUCUCCUCGUCUUCCCUUUCGAGCCGCAAGGAGGGGUCGUCUACACCCGAUACGCCGCACAAGCGCACACAUUCGCGAGCGAAGGAUAGUAUCGCGACGGGUAUCGGUCUGUGGGAGACUUCAAGCUCCGCCAGCCUCCUCAGUCCGGACGAAGAGUUGGAGCAGCCUCCGCUAGACCCAGCUGAUGAGGCGCCGGCAGCCGACGCAGAUGGAAUGGAUGAAGCGCUGAAGGAGUUGGUACCGAUGCUGAAAGUCAGGACGGGCGGUGCGGGCGAAGUAGCCGGUCUCGCGGUGAUUUCGGGACUGGAAUGCGCUGAUACGAGCGAGGGCGAUGCGUUGUUGGUGCUUCGACGAAACGGCCAUCUCUCCCUCGUUUCGCUUCUCGACGGGCGAAUCUUCGCUUCGUGCGGACUGACCGAAUCGGGCUCCUCUCAAGCUACCGCGAGGUUCAGCGACCUGCUCGUUUGCGAAGUUGCGCAGACACCGUUCGCCCUCUGCAUCGCGCGCGGUUCGCCAAACACCGCAGUCAGUCUCAAUCUGCGCUCGUACACGGCAGGUCCAUCUACGCGUCUUGGUCAGAACUCGCCUGCGAAGGAUAGCGUCGCUGUGGUCGACCUCGACGGUCUGCAACAUCUUGUCUACCUCUCCGCGCCUGCUUCGACGGGUCCUAACGAGUUGUGCGCUCGAGUCAUGUCGCUCGAGGCCGGGCUCGACGAGCAUCAAUCUGCGCGACUCUCCUUCUCCAAUAAGCGCCGCAUCGGACUGCCAGACAGUUUACAAAGCGUCAGCGGCAUCCGCAAGCUCGACUCGCGCAUUUCGGCGUACGGUUCCGACGGCAUCUCGGUCAUUGACCUCGCCAGCGGACCUGCACGCGAAAUUCCGAAGCUGGAGAUCAAGGACGUCAAGAUGAUCUCGGUCGGGGAAGAUGGAAGGACCAUCAGCGUUGCAGCCAAGCAGCGGGUCUGCUUAUACGACUUCUCGCUUGACGCUACCUCCGAAGCCUUUCGCCUGUCCGCGACGGCCAAGAUCGACGACCGCGUCGAAGGACUCGCUUCUUACUCUAGCGGCGCUCUCUUCGUCCAUCGGCUCAAGGGCAGCGAACGGCUCCUCUCUCUCCUCCGCACAGCCAGUCGCAAGGGCGACGAGUCGACGGACGAAUCGGAUGCCACGAUUCUCUAUACGCCAUCUUCGCACACUGCGGAUCGAAUCGUCACGAAGACCAAGGAGCUGGACGCUGGAGUCUUCCUUGUCGGGUACAACACCGGCGCUGUUGCAGUCCUCUCGCUUGGUCCAGACAACGCUCACUCCGCGAGUAGCGAACGCGAGCUUCUCGGCGCAAUCACGCUCCUUGACGUCGUCGAGCUGGCAGGUCGUCAAGUCGUUAUCGCCGGUACCUCAAGCGGAAACGCCGCCGCGUGGAAUCUUUCGGACUGGGACUGUCUCGGGCGCUGGACGCUCUUCGCUUCUCCCGUCACGGACUUCGCCUUCAUCUCGACGUCCGAGACCGUCCAUGCGCCACCUGCGCUCAAUGGCAGUGUCGCCUUCGUCUCCGCCAAUUCGCCCGUCGCUUUCGUCUCGCUCUUUCCUCCGCGACAUCUCUUCACGCUGCCUGGCACAAGAUCGGCCGUCGAGCUCAUCGCCCUCAGCCAGACCGAGAUCCUCGUCCUUUACGAGCAAGGUCUCGCUCGAGUCUGCGACAUCGCCACGAGGGAGCUUCGGCGCAGCAUGGAUCGAAAGACGACCGAGAGCGUCUUGGCGGAGGACGUCUGGUCGACGUGGUUCCGCGCGAGGCGCAGCGAGCGUCCGAACAAUGCACCCAUCGCCGAUGCCAUCACCCUCGACCUUCGCCAGCUCCUUGACAACGCAACGCGGAGUCUCCCUUGGUCAACCCAUUCGAAGCAGGAGACCGAAGCGAAAGAGACGCCGGACGGUUCCCCGAACUUGUCGAAGGAUGUCUGCGACGCGAAUGGGACGUCCGGUUCAAUCGAUCACUACCGGAUCGCUAGGCGUCUGAUCGCCAGCCUCGCGGCGCCUGUCAACGAUGUCGGGCUGAAGGAUAUCCUGAACGAUCUCGAGAUAGAGCCUUUGCCUGCGAUCGUUGGCGUGUGCGGAGCGGACAACGACGGCCACGCGAUGAUCAAUGCGAUCCGUUCGGACGAGGCAUGGGGCAUCUCCUCCAGCCUGACCGCCCGCCGGCUGCUUCAGCUUGUCUGCCUUCUCCGACUCUUCCUCAACUACCCAGACCUCGAGCGCGUUGCGAGCGAGGCAAUCGUCUACUACGCCUCCUGCUUGGCUGGCGCCGUCGGACCAAGCUUUGUUCCGCCAUCGCUCGAAGUCCUCGGUUCCUUCUGGCUCGACAAAAAUGCCGAAGUGCAGCAGGCCGCGCGCUCGCUAUUCGGCACUUACCUCGCCUCCAUGGAGGACGAGGACAUCCUCGCUCUCGUCGAGUCUUGGAGGAAUCACCUUCCCGCGGAAAGAUCCAGCGAGGCUUCUCCACACCGCCAAACCGACCAUGCUUUCCUUCUCAUUGGCCUUGUCGCUAUCGACCGGUACAGCCUGCUGUCUAGCACAGUUCUCAAGGACAUGGCUUCGUCAAUCGCCGCAUAUCUUGAGGACGAGGAGCAUCCAUACCAUCAAGCAAUGGCGACCGAGCUGUGCUCGCGCGGCUUUGCGGUCUGGCAGAAUUACGUCGACGCCAUGUCGCUCGUCCGAAACCUCUUCGCCAUUGCGAUCGGCCGCAACCCCUCGACUCCAGGCGACUUACGCAUUCUGGCACGCAACGCAACGCUUCACGUCGCCAGCUCGAAUACCCCUCUCUUCAUGACUACCCUCAUCUUCGAUAUCCUCAACGCACCGACAGCGCAGGCUCGCAACGCAACCCUCAAACUCCUCGGUUUCGUCAUUCGCAAGAAACCUCUCAUACUCUACUCGAACCUGCCUCGCCUCGUCGAGACCGUUGUCAAGUCGCUCGAUCCGAAGAUCUCGUCGCUGCGCGAGACCGUGCAGCAGACAGCUACCUUCAUCCUCAACGAGCUCGUUAGAACCUUCCCCUCGGUCGCCUUCCACGGCAGCUCGCAGCGCCUUGCGGUCGGUACACAUGAAGGCGCCGCCAUCGUGUACGAUUUGCGGACCGCCACGCGCCUCUACGUGCUCGAGGGCCACAAGCACCCUGUCACCGCGUUGUCCUGGUCGCCGGACGGCCAUCGCCUCGUGACGGUGUCGCUCGAGGAGAACCGCGUCGUCGUCUGGCGCGUAAGCGGCGGCAUCUUCGGCAUGUUCAUGUCCGGGGCACCUGCGCGUCAAGGCAGCAGCUCGUCCGCGACGCCUUACAAGACGUACGACUUUCACGUCGGGGACGAGUCUCUCAUGACACUUGCGGCGACGCUCGAAUGGGUUGUGUUCGACUGGCCGGCGGAGCGGACUGUCCGGUUACAGCUUCGCGAGACGGCUCUCAACUUCGGCGUGUAG